AUGCCUGAGGGCACCGACCGCAAGUUUCCGUUGCGGCAGCUCCAGGAGAGCAACAAUAUGCAGAACGUCCAACAAGACACACGAGAGCUACUCCGCCUGGUCGAGAGCUUCCCAGAGCACUACGACACGCUCGAGGGCUACCAGUCGAGCUCGGCCCACGACAUGCCGUCGAGCGACGACGACCUCUUCGCGAUGCUGGACCUCUCGAGGAAGAUAUCGGCGAGCUUGGCCGAGGUCAUAUCGGUGCGGAAACGUGUCGUGUCCGGCAAGGUGAGGGAGCGUGGUGGCCAAAGGGGGGAUCAGGCUCCACGCGGGCAGAAGCGACAAGCCGGCUCGUCUCGAUGCGACAUUUGCGAUCGGACGGAAACACCCCAGUGGCGACCGGGCCCGGGCGGUCGGGGCUUACUAUGCAACGUCUGCGGUCUGCUGUAUAAAAAGCGCGAGAACAGGAGGAAUUUAUCCAUGCCCGACGUUUCGGUGCCCGGCUCAUGA